AAAACUGAAACCUUUGCUUGAAACUCGAAUCUCUCAUGGUUUUGGAUUAUAAAACAGACCGAAAAUAAAUAAAAUCAAACAGUUUAUUAUUAUAGAAAGAAAGGAACUCCGAGAAACUGAAAGAGAAGGGAAGGAAAAAUUUUGAGAAUGGCUAAUCUGCCUCAAUCUUUGUCGAUGAACGCACAGUUCGGCGGGCCAAGCGCGUCGACUCCGACCGCAGCUGGGGCUCCGGCUAAUAAGGACCGGAAGAUGGCGUCCGCAGAGCAUUUGGUGCUUGACCUAAGUAAUCCUGAUCUUCGAGAAAACGCUCUUCUUGAGCUCUCUAAGAAGAGAGAAUUAUUUCAAGAUUUGGCUCCAUUGUUGUGGAAUUCAUUUGGUACUAUUGCUGCACUUUUACAGGAGAUAGUCUCUAUAUACCCUGUUUUAUCACCACCAAACCUUUCUCCUGCACAAUCAAAUCGAGUUUGCAAUGCUCUUGCACUUCUUCAGUGUGUAGCCUCUCAUCCAGACACAAGGAUGUUGUUCCUCAAUGCUCAUAUACCUUUGUAUCUUUACCCUUUCCUUAAUACAACUAGCAAGUCAAGGCCUUUUGAGUACUUGAGACUUACCAGUUUAGGUGUCAUUGGUGCCCUGGUGAAGGUUGAUGACACUGAGGUUAUUAGUUUCCUUCUCUCAACUGAAAUAAUUCCAUUGUGUCUGCGUACCAUGGAGAUGGGCAGUGAAUUAUCGAAAACAGUUGCGACAUUUAUAGUGCAAAAGAUUUUGUUGGAUGAUGUUGGCUUGGAUUAUAUUUGCACCACAGCAGAACGGUUUUUUGCUGUUGGUAGAGUUUUGGGCAACAUGGUUGCUGCACUUGCUGAACAACCCUCAUCUCGGUUGCUAAAACAUAUUAUUCGAUGUUAUCUUAGACUGUCAGAUAAUCCUAGGGCUUGUGACGCAUUAAGAAGUUGCUUGCCAGACAUGCUAAGAGAUAACACCUUCAGUAGUUGCCUUCGGGAGGAUCCGACAACAAGGCGAUGGCUGCAGCAAUUGCUUCACAAUGUUGGAGUGAGUCGAGUUCCAGGGCUUCCGGCUGGGGCAGCAUUUGAGCAUAUGCUGGUGUCAAAGGCAGAUGACUCAUUGUCUUACUAUUAAUUAUGAUGUGAAUUAGCAUCAUCUGGUUAAGGGUUUGUUACAAAGGAGAAUGGCAUGGAAGAGGGAUAAAGAGGCUUAGUAUUUCUAUUAUUCUUGUUAUUAUUAUUUUUUUGUCUAUGGCUAUUUAAUGUUUAAGUUAAUUUGUAAUUAAAGAAUAUUCAAUAGCUAAAGCUGUUGAUCUAGAGGGGGAUGCUUCCAACUUUUUUAUGGUUCAGAUUGUCAUGAAUCAAUCUUUUAAUUGUCUAUAGUAGUAAUUUGGACAUCUCCAUUUCAUGGAUU